CCGGACCAGACCGGCUACACUCCUAGGCAUGGGCUUCGGGAGGGAAUCGCUAGGGAGAUGGGAGUUGAGGGGCUUCGACUCGGGAUGCACUUUGUUUCAUAGAUGAGGGGUCUUCGUCGAGCUAGGGAACGAGAGGGAACAAAGUGAGAGGGAACGGUUUGCAUCACACGUAUGGUCACUAUGGUGUGGGGAGUGUGCGUUGGUAGACCGGUUGUUACCAAGAAUAUUUCAAAUCGAAACUAUGCCGUUUCCCUUCCUUAGCCAGGUGACGUCGUUUUUGCCCAUCAAAGGCUUGCCAAUGUUGCGCAGUUUUGAGCCCCUGAAGACCAAACUCGCCCAGUCCCGAACUCCUCUUCACUUCGCAUACUUCAAACUUCCAGCCUCAUACCUAGAAAGCCUAAAGUUCCCGUCUUUGCCUCCAUAGAUUCCCAAACUCGGAGACACCUAACAGCAUCUCUGCCCUCAUGAGUCAUGGAUUCACCUCUUGAGCCGUUCUCGUCACACACACACCAUUUCCGGCCUCACCUCUCUUCCUCACUCUCUCACCGUCUCACGCAGCCCUCCCAUCUCUCACGCAGCCGGCAGCCCCUCUCUCACGUCUCUCUGCUUCGACGACAACACAACGCCGUUCGAUAACCUCGGUCCUCGUGCUGCUGAGUCCCAAAAGGUUGCAAAUUGUAAUGAGCUGCGCUUGCCGCUCUAUUCUACGAUAUCUCAAUGGAAACUCAGAGCUUGCUUUCAGGGUUUUGCACAGACCCAACAAUAUUUUCAUCGUUUCGAAAUGCCAAAAAUCCAUUAUUUUUUGCGCCAUCUCCUUCUUCGGUAUCUUUUUCUCAGCGCCCUGAAUGGGUCUCCUACACAACCCCUCAGUCUUCUCCGCAAAGGGCAUGGUCUAAGCAGAGAUUGAAUUGUACUAAUCGUGUAGAAAAUGUAGGGGAUUCUAUUUCACAUGGGAAAGAUUUGGAAAACGGGGUUGGAAGGAAAAAGCUUGCAAUCUUCGUCUCCGGUGGAGGGUCGAACUUCAGGUCCAUUCACGAAGCUUCUCUUCGAGGAUCAAUUCUUGGAGAUGUAGUUGUUUUGGUCACAAACAAACGAGGUUUCAUUUCUAUCUUUGGCUGUGGAGGUGCAGAGUAUGCAAAAGAUAAGGGCAUACCAGUUGUUUUGUUCCCCAAAUCAAAAGACGAACCUGAUGGACUCUCUCCAAGCGAACUUGUAUCUGCACUUAGGAGAUUUGAGGUUGACUUUAUAAUCUUGGCUGGAUAUCUAAAACUUAUACCGUUGGAGUUGAUCCGAGCUUAUCAUAGAUCCAUAGUAAACAUCCAUCCAUCACUCCUUCCAGCUUUUGGAGGCAAAGGCUAUUAUGGUAUGAAGGUGCACAAGGCAGUCAUUGCUUCUGGAGCAAGAUACUCAGGUCCAACAAUACAUUUUGUCGAUGAGCACUAUGACACAGGUCGUAUCCUUGCUCAAAGUGUUGUCCCCGUGCUUGCCAAUGACACUGCGGAGGAGCUGGCAGCAAGAGUUCUUCAGGAGGAACAUCGGCUGUAUGUGGAGGUGACAGCAGCAUUAUGUGAAGAGCGGAUAAUUUGGAGGGAAGAUGGUGUUCCUCUCAUCCGUUGCAAAGAAAACCCCAGCCAUUACAGGUAGCAUAACCAACAUCAGCAAUCUCUGCUUUUGGUAAGGCUCGUGAUUCCAAUAUAUCACCCUUGCCUUGUCUUUAUACAAUGCCCUACUUGAGUACAUUCAAAUAUCCAAAACUGAGAAGCACUCCUACCCAGCCAAUAUAUAUAUAUAUAUAUAGAGAGAGAGAGAGAGAGAGAGAGAGAGAGAGAGAGAGAGAGAGAGAAGCCAAUUUAUGGAGCCUGGUUACUGAUCCAUUAUAUGUGGAUGAACUGCCUUGCAAGUAUUUUUUGUAAUGUUGGCUAUUUUUAUACUAGCCGGACACAGUGACAGGCGGCGUUUUCUGACUGGUAAAUGAGCUUAGAACUUCGGAAUUGAUUUAUUUGACUUUGAUUC